ACCGUUGAAAUUUCAAAAACCCGGGUAGCUUGCAGUGUGAUUCAGGUAUGAUUUAUUAUUGAGGAUCCAUCGAUGGAUUGGAUCCACAACCACAACCCGAAUUGAGCGCCAAGGUUUAGGUUUAAGUUUAGAUCUAAGAUCCAAAGGCCGCACAUAAAGCUAUUUGCACAUCCAAUCCAAAUUCUCAAAGCUAGUUGCUAGGGUUUUGCUCUCCUUCACGCUACGGUUAAUUCUUCUGUAUACGUCAUUCCGUCCAAACCAUGUCGCUCAGGCCAAAUGCCAGGACCGAGGUUCGCCGUAACCGUUACAAGGUCGCUGUUGACGCUGACGAGGGCCGCCGUAGAAGAGAAGACAACAUGGUUGAGAUCCGCAAGAGCAAGCGCGAAGAGAGCUUGCAGAAGAAGCGUCGCGAAGGCCUACAAGCUCAGCAACAGUUCGCCGCUCCUCUUCAAACUUCCACCGUUGACAAAAAGUUAGAGAGUCUUCCUUCAAUGGUGGCCGGAGUCUGGUCGGAAGAUAGUAGCCUGCAACUGGAAGCCACCACGCAAUUUCGCAAGCUGCUUUCAAUUGAACGUAGCCCUCCAAUCGAGGAAGUCAUUCAAGCUGGUGUCGUGCCACGUUUUGUUGAAUUUCUUGUUAGGGAGGAUUUUCCUCAACUUCAGUUUGAGGCUGCAUGGGCUCUCACAAACAUUGCAUCUGGAACUUCUGAGAACACCAAGGUGGUUAUUGAUCAUGGAGCCGUUCCUAUAUUUGUCAAGCUACUAAGUUCUCCUAGUGAUGAUGUUCGGGAGCAGGCGGUGUGGGCUUUGGGCAAUGUUGCUGGUGACUCCCCUAGGUGUCGCGAUCUAGUGCUCGGCCAUGGUGCCCUCAUCCCCCUAUUGGCCCAGUUGAAUGAGCAUGCAAAACUUUCAAUGCUGAGAAAUGCCACAUGGACAUUAUCAAACUUUUGCAGGGGCAAGCCACAGCCUCCAUUUGAGCAGGUGAGACCAGCACUUCCAGCUCUUGAGCGUUUGGUUUUUUCCAACGAUGAAGAAGUUUUGACAGAUGCUUGCUGGGCACUGUCAUACCUCUCUGAUGGCACAAAUGACAAAAUCCAAGCAGUUAUUGAGGCUGGUGUUUGUGGCCGACUGGUGCAGCUCCUUAUGCACCCAUCCCCCUCGGUGCUGAUUCCUGCUCUUCGUACAGUGGGAAAUAUCGUGACUGGAGAUGAUAUGCAGACUCAGUGUAUUAUCAAUCAUGGUGCACUCUCUUGCCUUUUGAACCUGUUGACACACAAUCAUAAAAAAAGCAUCAAGAAAGAAGCUUGUUGGACUAUAUCAAACAUUACAGCUGGAAAUAAGGAACAAAUACAGGCUAUUAUUGAAGCUGGUCUGAUUGCUCCCCUUGUCAAUCUACUUCAAAAUGCUGAGUUUGACAUUAAAAAGGAAGCUGCUUGGGCAAUCUCAAAUGCUACAUCGGGUGGAACUCAUGACCAGAUCAAGUACUUGGUGAGUCAGGGUUGUAUAAAGCCUCUGUGUGAUCUGCUUGUUUGCCCCGACCCAAGAAUUGUCACUGUCUGUUUAGAAGGCCUAGAAAAUAUUUUGAAGGUUGGAGAAGCUGAGAAGAGCUUGGGUAACACUGGAGAUGUCAACUUGUAUGCUCAGAUGAUAGACGAUGCUGAGGGAUUGGAGAAGAUUGAAAACUUGCAGAGUCAUGACAAUAAUGAAAUAUACGAGAAGGCUGUUAAAAUUCUUGAAACAUACUGGUUGGAAGAAGAGGAUGAGACACUACCUCCUGGAGAUAGUGCUCAAGCCGGUUUCAAUUUUGGAAGCAAUGAGCUUCCAGUCCCGUCUGGUGGAUUCAACUUCAGUUGAAGACCUUUUCUUGAAGGUUUGUGCUGGGUGGCUGUUGGGAUAAAGUCUUGGAUGGUCAGUCAUUGCACCUUGUGUUUGGUUUCAGUCUUGUCUGGGGUCCUUCGUGGUUAAUGAGGUGCUGGGGGAGGGUCUGUUUACACUACCAUGUCCAAGUAAGAAGAGGCUGGUGGAUUUAACAGCAGCAUAAUAACCUUUUCCGCGGUGUUUGUUGUAUUAAAAAUAUAUAAUGCUGGGAAAAAGUAUCCAGAAGGUUAUAUGUUGCAGUUGCGGGGACCUGGGUUAAUAUGGCGAGGGGAUAUUCUUCAAUGCGGCUUUGAGUGCCAUUUUUAUUGAGUCUUAGUUGUAUUGGUAAGUUUUACAGAGUCAGUAUUUGAUUUGGGUAAAUAUAUUAUUCAGAAACCAACUUAUGGUCUAUUCCAAUUUCCAAGGCAAGAAUUAGUGAUAUUUUUUUGCGUGAUUUUGAAGCUUUUGCUUCCCAAUUAUUUCCCUCGCAAAGCAUUAGCCCCUGAAUAUG